CUUCCUUACGCGCGGGUCUUCUGUCGUUUCAAUUUUUAUUUGCUUCUUCAAUUUUAUUUUGGGAUUUUUCGGUGGUAGAAUUAAAGUUUUGCUUAUUUUUUUCGGUGUAUUGGGUUUUAAUUUACUAUUAGUUGCAUAGGUUAAAGGUUCAAUUCAUACAUUAACUCAUUAAUUUUUAAAAUAUUUAUUAUAAAUAAUGACGUCCCAAAUGGCUGAAAAUGGUUCAGAGGAGAUAAUCGAUUUAAAUCAGGACAAAUCGAUCGAGUUUGGAAAAAUUCUUGCUAAUCCGCCUCCAGGAGAGGAGGUUGUUAUUUCUGGUCUUUCCGGUAAAUAUCCAGAUUCCGAAGAUGUUCAUCAAUUUCGGGACCACCUCUUUAACAAAUUUGAUAUGGUAUCGUGUGACAAUCGCAGAUGGGAACCUGGACAUCCAGAAAUUCCUCAAAGAACUGGAAAAAUACCAAAAAUCGAAAAAUUCGAUGCGGGAUUUUUCGGAGUUCACUAUAGACAGGCAACGGCUAUGGAUCCGGUGACGAGGAUCUUCUUGGAAACUACAAUUGCCGCCAUUUUCGAUGCUGGUUUACAUCCAUCUGAAUUGGAAGGUACCAAUACCGGCGUGUUUGUGGGCUCAUGUUUUAGUGAAAAUGAAAAGUGUUGGUUUUUCGAUAAGCUUGUGCCGCAAGGAUAUGCGUUUACAGGUUGUGAGCGUUCCAUGAUAGCCAACCGAGUGAGUUACUUCCUUAAGCUUAAAGGACCUUCGUUCGUGUGUGAUACAGCUUGUAGCAGCUCCUUGUAUGCUUUAGAAAAUGCUUAUAAGGCCAUAAGGCUGGGUAAAUGUGAUCAAGCAAUCGUCGGAGGAACUAAUAUUUGUUUGCAUCCCUUCGUGUCAUUACAGUUUGCCAGGUUGGGUGUCCUAAGUUUGGACGGAUCGUGCAAAGUAUUUGAUAAAGACGGUAACGGUUAUGCCAGAUCUGAAGCUGUUUCCGCAAUAUUACUUCAAAAAGCCAAACACUCUAAAAGAAUUUAUGCUACUAUUUUACACGCUAAAACUAACUGCGAUGGAUAUAAGGAUUCUGGAAUAACUUAUCCCUCGGGAGAAAUGCAGAUUAGACUUCUUAAUGAAUUUUACGAAGAAUGUUACACUGUUAAGCCAUCAGAGUUAAGCUUUUUAGAAGCUCAUGGCACAGGUACAAAAGUAGGGGAUCCCGAAGAACUACAAGCCAUUGAAGAAGUGUUUCUAAAAAACAGAAAAACUCCUCUAUUUGUAGGUUCUGUAAAAUCCAAUAUUGGACAUACAGAACCUUCUUCGGGACUCUGCUCCAUCACAAAGGCGAUUAUUGCAUUCGAAACUGGAUACAUUCCACCAAAUAUUCACUAUAAUAAACCAAGGGAAGGUAUUAAAUCUUUGGAGGAUGGAAGACUAAGGGUUGUUACCGAAAAAACACCUUUUAACGACAACAAUGGUCUCAUAGGUAUAAACAGUUUCGGUUUUGGAGGGGGCAACUGUCACGUGUUAUUGAGGCACAAUCCCAAAACCAAAAUUAACAAUAGCAGAGCAAAAGAUAACAUUCCUCGAUUAAUUUGUGUCAGUGGAAGAACCAAAGAGUCUAUAAAUACUUUAUUAGAUGAUGUACUCGAACAUCGUUGUGAUGUGGAACAUGUCAGGCUGUUGCAACAAACUUUUAGGAAAGAUAUUACUGGGCAUUUAUAUAGAGGAUUCUCUAUGCAAUCAAAGUCUGGUGAACUUUUCAGGUCUUUUAACUUUAAUGCUGCGGGCAAGCCGGACCUAUUCAUCUGUUUUGGAAAACUUGAAAAUCCGGUAGAGGGAAUACAACAAUUUUUGGAAAUACCAAUGGUCACGAAUAUUUUACAAAGGCUACAAAAUUGCAUUAACUUCAAAAACCUAGAUGCUGCUGCAGUUCUAUCAAAGCCCAACAAUUCUACAAUUUUGGAAAAAGUGAUAUCAAACUUCUUUAUGCAAAUUCUACUAGCGGAUCUCAUUAAAGGUGUAAACAUAGUACCGGACAAAUUCUUCGGAGUAAACGCGGGUCUAUCUUUGGGAACUUUGGUCGCUGCUUAUUUCGAUGAAGCCGUAACACUAAAAGAAGCUUUUGAAUGUGCAUAUGCUGUAGCAUAUGCGGCUAAUUCCGUUAGUUUAAAUAAUGGAAGCGAUAGUAAGGAGUUGGCAGUUUUGUUAGCGAAAAGUGGCACUGUAGCUACACAGCUUCAACAAACUUUAACUAAAAUACUGACAAAACCAAGACGUUUAAGCAAAAAAGUUAUUUUUGAUGGUGCACCUUCAGAAAUUUCUUCAGCCUACCUAAUAGAUUCAUUUGCGAGUACCAGAGUACUUAAUGACGUUAGAAAAUCACUUUCAAAAUAUAAUAUCUUAUAUGAAGUCGGUAAUGGAGAAACCAUAAACAUUUUAAGAAAGAACUUAAAAAAAGUUGACGAGAAAUGUUUUAUAAAGACCGGAGGUGAACUUAAUGAGUUCUUCGUGUCUUUGGGAAGAUUAUACGAAUUGGGUUUUAACCCUCAGAUCCAAAAUCUCUAUCCAAAAGUAGAGUUUCCUGUAAGCAGAGGAACCCCAAUGAUUUCUCCGAAAAUUAAAUGGAACCAUUCAAAAGACUGGUGGGUUACGUUGUACCAGUGCGAUGAUCAAAUGGAAAUUGAAGAAAAAACGAUUGGGGUGAUGUUAAAGGAUCCGGGUUAUACGUUUUUGAACGGGCACAUCAUUGAUGGUCGGAAUCUGUUUCCUGCUACAGGCUACCUACAGUUCGUAUGGGAAACGCUGGCUCAUGUCCACGGCCUCAUGAUCUCAGAUAUGAGGGUCUUAUUUGAAAAUUGUAGAUUUAUGCGAGCCUGCUCGGUACCAAAAGAAGGCACCAAACUAGAACUUACUAUAAUGGUACAAAGAGGAACUGGCAAUUUUGAAGUAGUAGAAGGUGGCACCACAUUGGUAACAGGAAGAAUUACCCAAGUGGGUAAAAAUGUGGAUUUAUCGAACAUUCCGUUUUCCUCAGGUGUUCCAAAACAUGUCGUACCUUACAUGGACUCCAAAGAUAUUUAUAAAGAGUUAAGACUUAGGGGAUACAACUAUAAGGGUAAAUUUCGAGGCUUAAAGUGCUGCGACACCAGCGCCCAAUACGCGGAGCUAUUUUGGGAUGGGAAUUGGAUCUCUUUCAUGGAUAAUUUACUGCAAAUGAAAAUCCUGCAAGAAGACACUAGGAUGUUGUACGUACCUACGACCAUACAGCGGCUAUUUAUAGAUGCAAAGAGGCACUUGGAAUAUGUAAAAGCCAUAAAUCAAACUCCUAUUUAUUUACCGGUGUAUGUAUCUAAGGAGACUCAAAUUAUAAGGUCCGGAGCCAUUGAAAUCAAAGGAUUGCAAGCCAGUUCGAUUCCCAGAAGAAAAUACCUUGGUAUUCCUGUAUUAGAAAAGUAUAUGUUUGUGCCAAAUGUUACUAAGUUGUCUACAGAAGAAGCUGUAAGAGUUAACAUGCAGAUUUUACUAGAGAAUUUGUAUAGUAUUAAAGUUAAGGCUGUUGAGUUGAUUGAUGAUGCGACUUCUGAAGAAGUAUCACCUUUGGGUGAAAUCAUUCAUAACGUACUGGCUGAUCAACCGCUAAUUCAGCCUGACAUAACUAUUUUAAGUAAAACUGAACUGGAAGUGGCAAAUGUAAAAGUUGAAGACAAGAAACUCCUAACUGAGGUGGAAUGCAGUUUGGUUGUGGCUUCUAGGAUAUUGCAGAGGCCAAACAUUCUCCACCUAUCCUUUGGUUCCAUUAAAGAAAACGGGUUCAUUUUAUCAAGGGAGCCACUAGAUUUCGAUAUAGCAUCUAUAAAUAUACCAAUAAUAACCAUUAUAACGGUUUUCACCACCAAUAAGGAACAGCUGGUAUUAUUUAGAAAAAAUGCUGAAUUUAAACCGCCUGUUGUGAUAAAUGUAUCAUCUGAAGAUAGAGAAUUCACUUGGCUACCCAAACUGCAGUCACUUAUUGAAAAAGAUCCAAACGUUUUGAUAUACUCGCAAGGCGAGGUGCUAAGUGGGGUUUUGGGGUUAGCUGCUUGCAUUCGAAGAGAACCAGGUUGCCAAAACUUAAAACUUCUUUACAUCCCAGACUCCUCUCCAGAGUUUAAUUUGAAUUCUAAAUUUUAUCAAGAUCAUUUAAGCAAGAACCUCGCAAUAAAUGUGUUUAAAAAUGGUCAAUGGGGUACCUAUAGGCAUCUUUUAUUAGAAAGCACUGCAAAACAUCAGGUUCAGCAUUGUUAUUUAAACACCUUGCUUAGAGGAGAUAUGAGUUCGCUUAGUUGGAUUGAAGGACCUUUAACUGUAAAUACACCUAUGGAUCCUGAUAGUAUCUUAGUGUCGGUUUAUUAUGCAUCUCUAAACUUCAGAGAUGUAAUGACGGCUAGUGGAAAAAUCAAUGUAGAUGCUAUUACAAGGGAUCGUAGAGAACAACAAUGCGUCCAAGGUUUUGAAUAUUCAGGAAGACUAUUAAGUGGCAAAAGAGUAAUGGGAAUGGUAGUAAACGGCGCAUGCUCCUCUCUUCUAAAAGCAGACCCGUUCGUGUUGUGGGAAGUACCGGAUAAUUGGAGCUUAGAGGAUGCGGCGACAGUGCCUGUUGUCUAUUCCACUUGUUUAUAUGCCUUGGUUAAGAAAGGAAAAAUAAAACGUGGAAACACCAUUCUCAUUCAUUCGGGUACAGGAGGUAUUGGCCAAGCGGCCAUAAAUUUGGCACUACAUUUUGGAUGUACCGUUUAUACGACGGUCGGUACCCAAGAAAAACGUACAUUUUUAAAAAAGAGGUUCCCUCAAUUAUCGGAUAAAAACAUAUUUAGUUCAAGGUCUACUGAUUUUGAAAAACAAGUUUUGCUUGCCACCAAUGGCAGGGGAGUAGAUAUAGUACUUAAUUCUUUGGCGGAGGAGAAACUGUUUGCAUCAGUUCGUUGCCUCGCCAGAGGAGGCAGAUUUGUUGAAAUUGGAAAAUUUGAUUUAGCGAACAAUAAUGCUUUAAAUUUGUUGUUAGUAAGCAAGGAUGCCAGUUUUCAUGGUCUGAUGUUGGACUCUAUCUUUAAUGAAUUACCUUUCAUAAAAAGUGAAUUAGUUGGUCUUCUGAAUGAAGGUUUUAAAGCAGGUGCCAUAAAACCUUUAAAUAGGAAAUGUUAUAGAAUGGACCAGGCUGAGGAAGUAUUUAGGUACAUGGGUACCGGAAAGCACAUCGGAAAAGUUUUAAUACAAAUCAGAAAAGAGGAAAAGGAAAAAAAUGUUAUUCCUCCAACUCUUACUUUUGAUGCACUUCCAAGGUACUUCUGUGAUAGUGAAAAGACGUAUAUAAUUUGCGGCGGCUUAGGAGGUUUUGGUUUGGAAUUGGCUGAUUGGUUGGCAUUACGGGGUUGUAGGAAGCUAGUGCUUACUUCCAGGAAUGGAAUUAAAACCGGAUAUCAAGCCUAUAGAAUAAAUAUAUGGAGAACAUACGGAUGUACGGUACAAAUAUCAACCGACGACAUUACUACUUAUGAAGGAUGUUUGAAUUUGAUAAAAUUCGCCCAAGCACUGGGUCCUGUUCAUGCUAUCUUUAACCUAGCAGUAGUCUUAAAAGAUGCCAUUUUCCAGAACCAAACUGAAGAGGCCUUUAAAGAGUCAUUUGGACCUAAAGCUUACGCCACACAGCAUUUGGACGCGGUAUCUAGAGAGUUUUGCCCUGAAUUAAGAGAUUUUGUAAUAUUUUCAUCAGUGUCUUGCGGCAGAGGUAAUGCUGGUCAGUCCAAUUAUGGAAUGGCGAACUCGAUUAUGGAGAGAAUUUGUGAAAAAAGGCGAAGCGAUGGACUGCCAGCGCUUGCUAUAGAAUGGGGAGCAGUAGGAGAUGUUGGUUUAGUGGCAGAGCUUCAAAGUGAAGCAGUAGAAAUGGAAAUAGGAGGCACCCUCCAACAAAGAAUUUCAAGUUGUCUGGAAGUAAUGGAUACCUUCCUUCGAAAAAACGACGCUGCCAUAGUGUCUAGUAUAGUAGUAGCUGAGAAGCGUACUGGAGCGGGUGGUGCUGAUAAUAUUAUAGAUGCUGUAGCUAAUAUUUUAGGUAUAAAAGAUAUAAAACAAAUCUCGCAUCAAGCCACUUUAGCAGAAGUGGGUAUGGAUUCAAUGACUGCUGUAGAAAUAAAACAAACAUUGGAGAGAGAGUAUGAAGUGUUUUUAACACCUCAAGAUAUUAAGAGUAUGACUUUUGCAAGACUGAUUGAGAUCCAAGCAGAAAAAGAUGCUGAGAGCCAAACUGGUAUAAAGAAGGAACGACCAUUGAUGGGCAUGGAAAUGAUUCUUCGACUGAUGGGUGAUGCUGCAACGGCAAACAUACCUGUAUUAACAUAUAAAGGUUUACCACCAAGAAAUAACCAGUAUGCACCUACAGUAGUACUGUUCCCAGGCAUAGAGGGAGUUGCCAGUGUAUUGGAGCCACUUUACAAAAACUUAGUAGCAGACAUUGUUGGUUUGCAGUAUCCGAAUGACACGCAAAAAGAUACGAUACAGCAGAUGGCUGCUGCAGUUUUGCCAUACGUGGAAGAACGAAUCUCUAAAUCAACCCCAUUCUACUUUAUCUGUUACUCCUUUGGUGGUACAGUGGCCUUAGAAACCGUUGCAUUAUUAGAAGAAAAAGGCUACAGAGGAACUCUUGUAUGUAUCGAUACUGCGCCAGAUUACCUUAAGGCCCUCACAAAAGUUUUGGAAGUUGAUUCUGAUGAUAAAUUCCAAGUCAGUCUGAUAGUUCAUUUGAUGUCGCUGCAGAUAUCUUAUGAGAUUAUAUCAAAACACAUUGAUUCUCUUCUAAAACAACCGACACUCGAAGAUCGUAUCAAGUUAGGACAACAAAUCGUAGGAAACAACACGCCUCAUACCCCAGAACACCAGAGAGACUGUGCCAUAAGCAUUUACAAGCGACUAAAGGCCGUCGUGGAAUGGACUCCGGAUUUUAAACUAAAAUCGAAAUUAAUUUUAUACAAACCUGAAUUGUCCAGUAUAGAAAUGUCAGAUCACGAUUAUGGACUAGGCAAAUAUUGCGAAGAUCCUGUAGAAGUAAAAGUAUUUAGCGGUAACCAUGCCAGUAUGUUAGAAGAUCUGGCAUUAUCUCAAGCUUGUAAUGAAUCCUUUGGGAUAUUACCGGAUGACGGUGGCAAAGGCGAUUUAAUUAUUAAUGUUGAUAAAGUACAAACUGAUGUGCCUACUAAGCUAUGAAAAUAUAUUUUUUAAGUUUAACUAUAUAAGUUGUUAAGAUAUGGUAGGAUUGAUAACAUUCUCUCGAGGCAGACUCGUAACGUUUGUAGUCUGAAAUAUUAUUUAGUUUUAAGAUACAUUUUUAUUUUAAUGGUAAAACUUUAUUAAUUAUGACUGGAUUACAGUUUUACAGUUUGUGGACACAAUCUAAGCAUGAAUAGUAGUUGAGUUUAUAUUUGCCUUUGCUCUUUUAUAAAUACUGUUGUCUAGCCAUUAUGCCAAAAAUUUAAAUCCUACCAUAAAGUUGAGGUUGUCACAAUCCUAGUUUAAGGGAUUUUUAUACAUAACCAUAUUAUACACUUUCAUACCCCAGUCAUUCAAUUAUUCCCAUUAAAACGUAGCCCAGUUUAACACUUCAGAUCCUUAUCUGUUUCUCAUUCAUUUUUUAAUUCUGUUACUUUUUAUUUUCUUUAAAAAUAAAGUAUUUAAGCAGGAAUUAGUGGAUCCUUAUUUAGUUUGGGUAUAUUGAAUAAUUCAUGUACUUGGAAAAUUAAUAUUUUUCAAAAUUCAUCAACGUUACUUUGGGGAUUACAUAAUCACUUGCAAGGUUUUAUCUUGUACUUUUAAUAUAGGUGUAUUUAUUUUUACUUUUGUCUUCAAAUAAAUUUAUUUAAACUGUU